AUGUCCUUACUCAGGUUACCGUUGCUGUUCGUCACGGCUGCUGGGGUGCAUAUAUCUAUGACAAAUCCCAAUCCGCCCGUAUCCCUGGAUGAAACGCAGAAGUACUCGGUGACGCAACGCCGCCGCCCAAGCCAAUUCGUUUUAUGGUGGCCGAGGAUGCUGAAGUACUCGUAUUGGGCCCUCGGUCUUUCCGAGACAGCCGUAAUCUUGGCUAGCCAGUUCCCGCGUCCACCGCUAACAGAACGGUUACUGUCCUCCUUGGUAGUCAGACCAUCGUCCCACAUCUCAGCGGUGCAGGUCACUCCGCAUUUCUUGGCCGGCCUCUUCCUUGCGACAGCCGGUACUAUCUUACGGGUAGAGUGUUAUCGCACACUUGGAAGGCUAUUCACGUACCAAGUGAGCAUCCGGAAAGAGCAUCAAUUGGUCACGAGCGGACCAUAUUCCCUCGUACGACAUCCGGCGUAUACCGCAGGUUGGCUGGUUUACAGCGGGGUGAACCUAUGCAUGUUCGGCCCGGGUUCUUGGUUGAGGGAGUGCGGAUGGCUGGACACGGUAAUGGGGCAAACACUUCUGGGCACCGUCAUCGCUGUGGGGUUCAUCGUUUCCGGAUUCAUGAUCUACCGGACCAGGUUGGAAGAUGUCCUGUUAAAGAACCAGUUCGGGGAGCAAUGGGACGCAUGGGCGAGGAGAGUCCCGUAUAGAUUGAUACCCUUUAUCUACUGA